UAUUAGAAAGAGACUCUUAGAGACCAAGUAGGGACAGUGGUAGAAUGAAGAACUGAAUGUUGUCCUGAAGUUAGGCUUUUCUUUGGUAUCGUGACAGACAUUGUAGCAUCAUUUGGAGUUAGAUAAAUCUUGUUGGUCUGCUUGAGAAUUGAGCUUGCCAGGAAUAUUGUAAACGUUACUAAGGUGCAUUGCGGUAUCCGGAAAAUGACAGCGGCAGCGGCUAAGAACGUUAUCCUCAUAGAUGGCAGCUACCUUGAAGGGGGAGGCCAGAUCCUGAGGAAUGCCACGGCUCUCAGCUGUCUCCUGUCUCAGCCAAUCAGAGUCAACAACAUCCGGGCGGGGCGCAGCACUCCUGGACUCAGACCCCAGCACUUGAGUGGUAUAGAGCUGGUGCGAGACUUGUGUGGAGGGAGGCUGGAGGGAGGGAAGGUCUCUUCCACUGAGAUCUUCUUCACUCCGGGGGAAAUUCAGGGUGGAAACUUCCUUGCCGAUACACAUACAGCAGGGAGUAUCUGCUUGCUGAUGCAGGUAUCCAUCCCCUGUCUACUGUUCUCCCCUGGUCCAGCCCAGCUCACACUGAAGGGAGGAACCAACGCUGAGUUCGCUCCGCAGAUAGACUACACCACCAUGGUGUUUGGACCGAUAGCUGAGAGGAUGGGAGUUAAAUACACCUGUGACAUUAAGAGAAGAGGGUACUACCCGAAGGGUGGUGGGGAAGUCAGGAUCACCACCUCUCCUGUAGCAAUGGUUUCUCCCAUUGACCUCAUGGACAGGGGUCAAGUCACAAAGGUCACAGGGAGGGCAUGGGUCGCAGGGUCACUGCCUGUCAAGCUUGCCCACUUGGCCAGUAAAGCUGCCACAGCCCUGAUUAAGAGAGAGUUUCCUGAUGUUCCAGUCGACAUCGAGGCUGUGCAGGAGCCCAGACAUGCCGCCUUUGGGAACGGCAAUGGUAUUGUAAUCAUGGCAGAGACCAGCACAGGCUGCAGACUGGGAGGUUCAGCCCUGGGGAAGAGAGGGGUGCAGGCCGAGGAUGUAGGGAGGGAGGCAGCCCAGAUGUUAGUCAGGAACAUGCAGCAUGGAGGAUGUGUGGACGAAUACUUACAGGAUCAGUUGAUCCUGUUCAUGGCCCUGGCUAAAGGCAAAUCCUCUGUCAGAAGUGGGCCCAUUACACUACAUACAAAAACUGCAAUAUUCAUCGCUGAGACUCUUACAAAGGCCAAGUUCACAGUAACUCCAGAGGCAGGCACCAACAUCAUCGAGUGCGAGGGCAUCGGGCUGGAAAACAGACAUGGCUGAUGGACGUCCUUCUGCGAAACUUCUCUAAAUUGUACUUCUGAAUUUGCUAGUACCCUAUAAGUACCAGUGGAAAGGCAAUAUAUUUAUAUAUUAUGCAACCCAUUGAAAAUGCCACUUAGAUCUGCAUGUCUAAAAAAUGAAAUACAAGUUAGAUUUUUGUCUUUGGUGUUCUGUUCUGAAAGGAACAUGGUGUUAGGGGCUUAGACUGCAAAACAGGCAAGGCUAAUGGCUUUCUCAACACUGAUCACAUCUUGUA